UCGUGGCUCACUCUCCGUGUGGAUCCCCUGAGCCGUUGGCUUCGAGUGGCUUCGACAGCCCGGGGAGAGAGAGAAAUGGGAAACAGCAUGCGAUCUACCCCGGCGCCUCCCGAGAGGCCUCCGCCUAGCCCAGAGGGACUGGACAGCGACUUCCUGGCUGUGCUGAGUGACUACCCGUCUCCUGACAUCAGCCCCCCGAUAUUCCGCCGUGGGGAGAAACUGCGUGUGAUUUCUGAUGAAGGGGGCUGGUGGAAAGCCAUUUCCCUUAGCACUGGUCGAGAGAGCUACAUUCCUGGAAUAUGUGUGGCCAGAGUUUACCAUGGCUGGCUGUUUGAAGGGCUGGGCAGAGACAAAGCUGAGGAGCUACUGCAGCUGCCAGACACGAAGAUCGGCUCCUUCAUGAUCAGGGAGAGUGAGACCAAGAGAGGUUUUUAUUCGCUCUCGGUUAGGCACCGGCAGGUGAAGCAUUACCGCAUCUACCGUCUGCCAAACAACUGGUAUUACAUUUCCCCGAGGCUCACCUUCCAGUGCCUGGAGGACCUGGUGAACCACUAUUCUGAGGUGGCCGACGGCCUCUGCUGUGUGCUGACCACGCCCUGCCUCACUCAGACCACGGCUGCCCCGGCAGCGAGGGCCCCCGACGCACCUGUCACCUUGCGCCAGAAGACCUUCGACUGGAAGAGGGCGUCCAGACGGCAAGAUGACCCGGAGGGGGCUGAGAACCCACUCGGUGUGGAUGAGUCCCUUUUCAGCUACGGCCUUCGGGAAAGCAUCGCCUCCUACCUGUCCCUGACCGGGGAUGACAGCACCUCCUUCGAUCGAAAGAAGAAAAGCGUCUCUUUGAUGUACAGUGGAAGCAAAAGAAAGAGCUCUUUCUUCUCGUCGACGCCGUACUUUGAAGACUAGCCCGAGAACAGACCCCAUGGUGUUUG